AAUGUCUACCCGCUGGUACCCUAUUUACCAACGAGGAAACCCCCAGCUGCGAGUGUUUCUGCCCAACUUUUGGCUGAAGCUUGUACGGCCGGAACAAAAGCAACCACCGAACGUUGUACAGUUCGCGUGUUCGAUGGAAAUGACCCGGCAUGAUGUGAAAAACUACUUGGAGAAAAUAUACAAAAUUCCGGUGGUAAACGUUCGUACGCGCAUCGCGUUGGGCAACACCAAGCGCGAUCUAGUGCUGGGAUACAUCACGAAGGAGGAAGAUACAAAGCUGGCCUAUGUCACACUGCCCAAUACCAUGAAAUUCGACUUUCCGGACAUCUUUCCAUCUGAUGCGAAGAAAAAAAUAGAGGACGACAAAAAAUCGCUUGAUGACGCGAAGAAAAAUCACAAAAAGUUUCUGGACAAAAACAAAGACCGGCCCGGUACACCUGGUUGGUUUUCGAUUUGAAACC